UUAUUUUAUUUUUAUUUUUUUUAAAUACGUGACAGAUUAGGAUAAGUAGUCAAAAAAUUGUCAAGAGGCUCUCUCUUUCCUCCGUUCUCUCUCCAAAAUCUUUCACGGAGGAGAUUAAGAGAGUACUCUGAUCUUUUUGUGUUUCUGAUCAGUUUGAUCAGAUGUUUGCCUCUGGGAAGCGGUGGUUCUCUUAACACCAUCUUCGCCGGCUUUUGACUCCGGGAAACUGUGAUCCUUUUCACUGUUUUCGCCGGCUCACCACCGGGGUUCUCCCGGUUCCGUUCGAUCAGCGUUCUAGUGGUUUUUUGUUCAAUCAAUUCUCGCUCUCAAUCUUCGAUUCUCGAUUCCUCUCCUUGUUAAAGGCGUUUCUCAUCUUCGAGCUUUUCCUCUAUCUAUAAAGAUGAUCGGUGUGCAUGUAGGAAUCUCGAUGAUUGGGUUAGAAUGAAAUCGAUUGAUUUGUUUGAAGCGCUUGAUCUGCCUAGCCUGACUCUUCGGCUGAUCUGGGUUGAGAGCCGUUCGUUUUGAACGGAUUCUCCUUCGCUUAGGUCUCGUUGACGGUGGAGCUCCGCCGUAUCGUCUUGCUGGCUCCGGAGGAAGCUGUAUCUCUCGCGACUUGACGCGUGGCCAUUGAUUGCUGGGCAAUCGACCACGUGGUGGAAGCAUGAAGAUCACUUCCCCAACGGUUUUCUUUUGGGCUUAUGGCCCAAAAGUUUUAUCUUCUUUUUCUUCUGAUUAUCUUAUCUGGCAAUGCUGUUGAUUCUACCUCUAUCGUCAAGUAUCUUCCUGGCUUUGAAGGUCCUCUUCCUUUUGAGCUCGAAACCGGGUAUGUUGGUGUUGGUGUUGGUGAGGAAGAGCAAGUGCAAUUGUUCUACUACUUCAUCAAAUCUGAGAGGAAUCCAGAAAAAGACCCUCUUCUCCUCUGGUUAAGUGGGGGACCUGGUUGCUCUUCAAUCUCCGGUCUUCUUUACGAGAAUGGGCCUGUGACUGUGAAAUUUGAGGUUUACAAUGGAACUCUUCCUUCCUUGAUCGCUACUACAUAUUCAUGGACUAAGGUAUCACAAAGUGUUGUACAUUAUUCAAAUAUUAUGACAAAUAAAAACUCCCAAUUGUUUAUGCCUCAUUUGUUUUUUCAAGUUGUGCAUCAGAUAUCAAGUAUAAUAUAUUUGGAUCAGCCUGUUGGAACUGGCUUCUCCUACUCAAGAACUCAUCUUGCUAGCAAACCAAGUGAUUCAGGAGAAGUCAAGCUGGUCCACGAGUUUCUUCAAAAGUGGCUAAACAAGCAUCAAGAGUUUUUGUCCAACCCUUUUUAUGCAGGUGGAGAUUCUUAUUCCGGUAUGGUUCUUCCCGCACUCGUUCAAGAAAUCUCAAAAGGAAACUAUUUAUGCUGCAAACCUCCAAUAAACCUUCAGGGCUACGUGCUCGGAAACCCGGUAACCGAUAUUGAGUUUGAUCAUAACCAUCGCAUUCCGUUUACUCAUGGAAUGGCACUGAUCUCUGAUGAACUUUACGAGUCGAUGAAGAGAAUCUGCAAAGGAGAGUAUGAAACUGUAGAUCCAAGUAACAAGGAAUGCUUGAAACUCGUUGAAGAAUAUCAUAAGUGCACUGAUAGAAUAAACUACUCACUUGUCACGACGCCAUUGUGCGAAGAUGACCCAUCUCCCGAUUGCUAUGAUUAUAGGUACGUGUUAACUACCUACUGGGCCAAUGAUGAGAGUGUGCGCAGGGCUCUACACAUUAAUAAGGAGAGUAAAGGGAAAUGGGUACGUUGUGACUGGGAUAUGGCUUACACUAAUGACAUCAAAAGCAGUGUACCAUACCAUAUGAAUAACAGCAUCAAUGGCUAUCCUUCUCUCAUCUUCAGUGGUGAUCAUGACAUGUACGUGCCUUCCCUUGGAACUCAAGCUUGGAUUAGAUCGCUUAAUUAUUCUGUCACUGAUGACUGGAGACCUUGGAUGAUAGGCGAUCAAAUCGCCGGAUACACUAGGACUUAUGCCAAUAAUAUGACAUUUGUGACUAUCAAAGGAGGAGGGCACACUCCAGAGUAUAAACCAGAGGAGAGUUAUAUCAUGUUCCAAAGGUGGAUCAGUGGCCAACCUCUUUAGCAACAAGUCCAAGUUCAGGACGGGUCCUGGCCAUAUAACUUGGCUAUGGGCUAUUCUGAAACAUUGGUCAAGAACCCCCAAUUUUUUAAGAAUAAUCUACAUAAAGUAUAUAAAUCCCAAAUUAUUAUAGCAAAAUCUUAUCAAUGUUUUUAUUAAAUUGUUUAUAAUUUCCAAAUUCUCAGAACCCGUCCAACAACAUUAUUAUUUUAUCGAAGCAUCUGUAUAUGACUA